GGGGAGCCAGGAAGCAGUGAGCCCAGGAGUCCUUGGCCAGCCCUGCCUGCCUACCAGGAGGAUGAAGGUCUCCGUGGCUGCCCUCUCCUGCCUCAUGCUUGUUGCUGUCCUUGGAUCCCAGGCCCAGUUCACAAAUGAUGCAGAGACAGAGUUAAUGAUGUCAAAGCUUCCACUGGAAAAUCCAGUAGUUCUGAACAGCUUUCACGUUGCUGCUGACUGCUGCAUCUCCUACGUCUCACAAAGCAUCCCGUGUUCACUCAUGCAAAGUUAUUUUGAAACAAGCAGCGAGUGCUCCAAGCCGGGUGUCAUCUUCCUCACCAAGAAGGGGCGGCAAGUCUGUGCCAAACCCAGUGGUCCGGGAGUUCAGGAUUGCAUGAAAAAGCUGAAGCCCUACCCAAUAUAAUAAUAAAGAGACAAAAGAGGCCAGCCACCCACCUCCAACACCUCCUGUGAGUUUCUUGGCCUGAAAUACUUUAAAAAAAUAUAUAUUGAUGUGUCUGGUAAUGAAAGUAAUGCAUCUAAUAAAGAGUAUUCAAUUUUUUAACUUUGCUUGAGUUUUAAGAGGAAAUAAACUAAUACAAAACUGAA